GCGUGCGCAUUUCCGUCACCCGGAGGAGGCGAUGCGGGACUUGUUAAAGAGCCGCCGUUUUUUCCAUUCUGGAGUGUUUUUCCGGUAAGCCGCUCCAGGUCUGUCAAGGUAUCGUUGCUGAAGAUGACCGAUUGGAUUCUGAAUUAACACCACUUCCAAAUCCCUGUCCACCUUUUUUAAAGUGGGCAAAACCUAUUCAAAAAUGGCAACUUUGCCAAGUACAUCUGCUGGGCCUCCACCAUCCCUCACGGAUCCAGGAGUGGCUGUGUGGGAGUGGCAGGAUGAGUUUGGCAGGUGGAGGCCAUACCGAAGUAGCGUGUGCAGCUUCAUUGAGCAGUCUUUCCAGGUUCUCAUGGUGAAAGGCCGGCGAUCACUGGGAACCUGGCCUGUCAAUGGCAGCAUACCCUUGGGACAAGCUGAUUCAACUCUGGCUCCCUACAUAAUUGACCUACCGAGUCUCACCCAGUUCCGGCAAGAUACAGGGACCAUGAGAGCCGUACACAGACAUGUCUUCCAGCUUGAUUCGGCACCUGGACAGGGAGUGGUUUGGGAGUGGCAGAACGACGAAGGAAGCUGGUUUCCCUACGAGAUGAAUGUUUGUGUCUAUUUGGAGCAAGCUUUCUCGCUCAGUAGCCCUCAGGUGGAUCUUGGGCCCUUUGGUUACAAUUAUGGGAUUGAUUUUGUAUCACAGACCCAGAUCAAUAAAACCACUGGGUACCAGCGAAGAAUCCGUCGGUGUGUGGACUCUCCAUACCCAGUAGCCACAACCCCAGGGCCUACUCACAGUGGGCCCACCUGUUCAUGCCAACAGUGCUUGUUGAAUAGUGGAACUGGCCCCAUAACCUCACGGUAUCGGCACUCAAUGGUGAAUCUUCCUGGACAUUCAUCAGGAACGACUCCCAAAUUCCUUACUGGUAUACAAGGGGCCAAUAGAAACUCAGGACUCGGUGCUUCUCUGGUGGGCUUUGUGCCUUACAAUAAACCAGCCCUCUCUGGAGCAAGAUCGAUGCCAAGACUGAACAUGCAGAGUGCAGGGUCAGCAUCGCAAUCUGCAGCCAUUGGUGGGGCCAGCUCAGCGCACACAGCAUCCAAAGGAACCAGUGUACCAAAGUUACCAGUGACCAUGUCCAGACCCAGCAAAGUGAAUGAAGCUCUGGCAGGCAUGAUGGCCUUUCUGAUGUCAGUCCCUGGAUUUCCUGUGCACCUCACCCAAGCGCCUCAGCCUGCCCGUGCCCAUAGAGCCUCUAAAAAACUCUGCUCAGUUAAGGGAAGGAGGAGAGUGGUCACCAAAGAUAGCAAGACCAGGCCGGAAGAGGUUGUGAAGAAAUAUUUGGAAGAGCUGAAGACGCCUCCAGUUGACGAGGACUGCAUCAUCUGUAUGGAAAAACUGGGUGCCCCUUCAGGGUACGGCGAUGUCAAUGAGAGCAAGACAAUCCAACCUGGAAGUGUGGGGAGGCUGGCCAAAUGUGCUCAUACCUUUCACCUACUUUGUGUGCUGGCCAUGUACACCAGUGGCAACAAGGACGGCAGCUUACAGUGUCCCUCUUGUAAGGCCAUCUAUGGUGAGAAGACAGGCACACAGCCCAAUGGCAAGAUGGAUGUUCACAAACUCUCAGAGUCUCUACCAGGGCACGAGAAUUGUGGGUCAAUACAGAUUACAUACAAUAUCAACAGAGGCAUUCAGGGUCCAGAGCAUCCCAGCCCAGGGCUGCCAUACACUGCAAGAGGAUUCCCACGAUAUUGUUAUCUACCCGAUAGCGAGAAGGGACGAAAGGUGCUGGAACUUUUAAAGGUGGCGUGGAGAAGGCGCUUGAUCUUCACUGUAGGAACAUCUAGCACAACUGGCGAGAACAACACUGUGGUGUGGAAUGAGAUCCACCACAAGACAGAGAUGGCCUCCAAUGUCUCAGGCCAUGGCUACCCAGACCCUAACUACCUUGACAAUGUGCUAGCGGAGCUGGCAGCUCAAGGGGUCACAGAAGAUUGCCUGAGUCCAUGAGUUUAGCCUCCAUCUUGGGCUGGAGCUGCAAUCAAAAGUGGAGUUCGUCUUCUCCAUGACUAUGGGUGCCUCUCCGUUGUGGAUGGCAGCUACAAAUCCCCACCUCUGUUGCCUUACGUUUGCUUGCCCUUUUGCUGAGCAAUAACACAGUCUCUGGGAUUGUCCAGUAUGAUUGUGAAGAGAGGGUUAUAUAUAUAAAAAGAUAUUUUAAGGGCAUUUACAGUCCUGACACAGAUUGGUCAUAUACAAUAAACCUCCCUUCACUAGAUAAAACACAUAAAAGGUGUUUUAAAGAUGGUGGCUUAAUCCUCAUAUUGUGUCCUUCCAUAUGUGGUUGCAUGAGUGUUGAAGAUACGCCAAGUGGCUGGAAGUGAAAGAACACAUACUGCUAUUUGUUCGUUCUUACUUUCGAUCAAGAAUCAGAUGCUGCUUUGAGGCAGAACUUUUGGAACCAAGGGAUAUUUCCUUGCUUCAGUGCAUUAACAAAAUCAUGUUGUUUAGCAACAAAAUCAGUACUAGAAUCUGAAGAUAUAUAUAGCAGCUUUCCACAAUUUGCUGUCAAAGUCUGCUAGAAUAUGGUUAUGGCUAUGCCUGUUCCAAAUAGUAUCACAGUGGGCGGUAGCACAUAGCAGCUUGGAUUUUAAAAGAAAGCCAAGUGAGGUGGGAAAAGAUUUAUGCUUGCAUAAGAGGCUAGGAUGAAAUCCCAGGUCUGUAAGCUACGGUAGUUUGGGAAGUUGGGGAGGAAAAAAAUAUCUGAGAAGGCUAUUUCUGUCCUGUUACCGAGAAAACUACUUGGACGUGGCCAGGAGGAAUUGGGUUUGACUUACCAUAUUUUUCGGAGUAUAAGAUGCACUUUCCCCCCCCCAAAAGAGGGUGAAAAUUUGGGUGCAUCUUAUACACCGAAUGUAGCCCCACCUACCCACCGGCCCCCACCCUUUGGCCUCUGCCUCCCAGCAAUUUACCUCCUUGCAGCAAACAGCCCAUUUCAGCUUCAGCACAGCCUGUUUAGCAUAAGCAGUUUAUUUAUUUAUUUAUUUUAUUAAAUUUCUAUACCGCCCUCCUCCCGAAGGACUCAGGGCAGUGAACAGCCAAAAGAUAAAACACAGAGAUACAAAAUUUAAAAUAGAUUAAAACAGAUUAAACAAUUUGGCUAAAUUUUAAAAUAUCCCAUAAUUAAACAAAUUAAAAUUAAUGUUUAAAAUUUAAAUUGAAAAAUUUUAAAAGGGAGAAGAUUUAGGCCAGGCCAGCUUGAUGAAAUAAAAACGUUUUAAGCGCACGACGGAAGGUGCGCAGAUCCGGGAUCCUCCGUAUCUCUGGGGGGAGCUCGUUCCAGAUCAUAGGUGCCCCCACAGAGAAGGCUCUCCCCCUAGGGGCCGCCAGUCGACAUUGUUUGGCCGACGGCACCUGGAGGAGCCCUUCUCUAUGGGAGCGUACUGGCCGGUGGGAGGCUAUUGGUGGUAGCAGGCGGUCCCAUAGAUAACCAGUUGAUUGUCGGUUGGAUCAGCCUCCUGACCCGUAACUGUUUCAGGCUGCAGGGAUUGCCUAUUGCCGUGCUGGCCUCCGCUGUUUGCUGCAAGGAGGCAAAUCGUUGGAAGGCCGAUUUUCUUUUCUUGUGCUAAUCAGGCUGUGAUGAAAAUGAAACUAAAGCAGGCUGUUUGCUCUUUGCUGCAAGGAGGCAAAUUGCUUGGAGGCAGAGGCAGAUUUUUUUUUCUUGUUUUCCUCCCCCAAAAAGGUAGGUGCGUCUUAUAGUCCGAAAAAUACGGUAGACUUUCUAGGUUUCUUUCCAGUCAAUGCAAGAAGAGAGAAGAAAAGGAAUAAAAGUUACAAUCCUACCAAAAGACAUCAGUUUGGAAGAACGAUAGGGAGAAUUGUCACUUUUAUGCAAGGAAUUGCAUAAACCAGGCAUUUUGCAGUCAUUCUAGCUGGUACCUACAAUUCCCCAAGUAAAUUCAAAAAAAUGUAAAUGCAGCCAUGUGAGCCUUCCGCGCUCUCAUGCAAACUAUUGGGGGUUCUUCCCUGAAAUUUUGUGAAUCUCAUAGUUUGGCAAACUUUUAAAUCGAUGAUUUUUCUUUUUGCUGUUCUUUGGCUUUGAUACCAUGUACAACCACACAGCACUGACCCAAAAUUGCUAAUUUACGAGGCAUUGCCCAUAAUUCUAGAAUUUUCAGUAUCGGGUUAGCUUUUUGUUAUAUCCAGGCCCAGUAAAAUAACCUUUCAGUAUUUCCAUUUUACAGAUUUUUUGAGUGCAGAGUCAAGAUCACACUUGGGUAUAUACUUCAAUUUAGGGCUGCAUGCUGCAGCUUGAAGACUAAAACCCUGAAAUGUUUCUGCUUUAUGUAAUUGGAGAACCAAUCUUUUUUUUUUUUUUUUGUAUGUAUCGACAAAAACUGGAUUCUGUAAAUUGCAUAAAUUCCUCAUAUUGGAUAACUUUA